AUGGGGAAUCCAUUUGGAGCGUUAGUUUCAGGCGUAGGACAUAUCUUUGGAAGUAUAUUUGGUCAUCCACUCGAUUUUCUUUCCGGCAAGUCUUGCAGAUUAUGCGGUCCAACAUGGGAUUUGGGAUGUUACAUUGAAAAUUUCUGCAUUGAACAUCUUAUUAAGUUUUUUGCUGUUUCUUUUUUGUUCUAUAUGGUUCUAGUAUUGUUGUAUAUUAUAUACAAAUUAGGGGUAUUCCACUGCAUUUUCAAAGUUAUAUUCAGAAUGAUCUGGACUUGCUUUAUGACCAUUUUCUUAUUCUGGGAGAACGCGUGUCAUAUUCUGUUUAACAUCCUGCUUAACACAAGCCGUGGAAACAGAAGAAGACGCAGGAGGGAUAUGGAGAUGGCGGACAUGAUGAGUAAUAGUAGUGACCAGGAGGAUAUAGACAUGGAAGCAAGUGUUUCUCACGAUAAAGAACCCCAUAACCGCAGAAGGAGGUUUUGGUCCAGAAAAGACCGUAAACGAGAUCAUAUGAGAAAAUCUUUAAGGCCUAAGAACCAUCGAGCACAUGUAGGUAUUGAUGGCGGCGAUUCAGUUUAUGUCACGAAAAGGAAACAUAUCAAGCAUGAUGAUGUUCGAGUUAUGCGGUCAUCAAAUCACAAGAGAGCAAAACACCUGCAGAAGAAGUCUUGA